AUGUCCGCCAUCCCAGCCAACUCCAACGUCACCAUCUUGAACAAGAACGAAAAGAAAGCCAGAGAAUUGAUCGGCAAAUUAGGUUUGAAGCAAAUUCCAGGUAUUAUUAGAGUUGCCUUCAGAAAGAAGAACAACGAAAUCAUUGCCAUUGAAAAGCCAGAAGUUUACAGAUCUGCCGGUGGUAACUACGUUGUCUUCGGUGAACCAAAGGUCGAUGACUUCACUCAAAAGCUAGCUGCUGCUCAACAACAAGCUCAAGAUACCGGUAUCUUGCCAAGUGCUUCUGAUGUCGCUACUAAGUCUCCAGAAGACAUCCAAGCUGAUAUGCAAGCUGCUGCUGCCUCUGGUCCAGUUGAAGAAGUUGAAGAAGAAGGUGAAGUUGAUGCUACUGGUUUAUCCGAAGCUGAUAUUGAUUUGGUUAUGCAACAAACUAACACUACCAAGAAUAAGGCUGUUAAGGCUUUGAAGGAUCACAAUGGUGAUAUCGUCAAUGCUAUCAUGUCCUUGUCUAAAUAA